AUGUUAAACUUAGAGCUACCAAGCCGAAGCUUACCUGCUGUCAUAACUGAGGCAAUUGCAUGCGUUUCAUUGAACAUCACAAGCAUCAUUGGAAACAGUCUGGUUUGUAUAGCAGCAUACAGAAACACAAACCUGCGAUCAACCGCCAACCUGUAUAUCAUUGCUUUAGCGGUCAGCGAUCUGCUGUGUGGAACAGUAGAGAUGACGUUAACUUCCGCAACGCUGAUCAUCGGAAGAUGGGCCUUUGGCGACGCUUUAUGCCAAUUUCAAGGCUUUAUCGAUAUGUUCACCUUUCACGUGACGCCAGCAACACUUGGUUUGACAGCAAUUAACCGCUACGUGAAAAUUGUAAAGACAAGCCAUUACAAGAAGAUUUUUUCGCCCCGCAGAUCUAAGAUAUGGCUGAGUUGCUUGUGGCUUUCCCUUGCACUUUACCUGUUGAUUGCUCGAGUCACAAACUGGGUUAAAAUCGAUUUUAUUCAAGGCUACGCAGUGUGCUCCUUUGAUUACCCAACUAAUGAAAGUCGAAUCGUUCAUUAUUCCAUCACUGUCGCAUUAUUUUUUGUUUUACCGUUGUGUGUCAGCAUUUUCUCUUAUUAUAAGAUAUUUCUGAAAACCCACGAACAUCAACAGAAUGUGGUGUCAUCGCUACGGAACUGUACUGACAAUACUGCAAUAAGCAACACAGUGAAAGAAAUAAAGCUUACUCGGAUGCUGCUCCUUGUGGCAGCGGGAUUUUUGUGUUGCUGGAUACCAAUGUGGGCACUUGUCCUCUGGUUUCGCUUUUCCCCUGAAACCAGCUCAAGAAUUACAGCAAUGCUUGUUAUUUUUUUCCUUUUUCUGAGUGCUGCAAUCAAUCCCAUUAUUUACGCCUUUUACAAAUGGCGAGUUCCGCAGGGAGUUUCGCAAACUGCUCUGUUGCCGUCGUGA